AUUCCAAAUGUCCGAGGCUUCAUGAAAGCAGCGGGGCGGCUAGCACUCAGCAGGUCUGAUGGCGGACAGCAGUCAGCAAAAAGUGACAACAAACACCAUGCACAAGUCCACUCCUGCCUUCUCCCAGGUGGUGUUCAGGAACAUCCCCCACUCCUACCCGCCGUCCACCCCGGUCACGUGCAGCUACACCCUCACCGCAGCUUUCCAGCCCCACAGCCGCGACUGGGUGGGCAUUUUUAAGGUGGGCUGGAGCACCACGAAGGACUAUUACACCUUCGUGUGGGUGGAGCCGUGCGCAGACGUGGGACAGCAGGCAGCGGGCAGGCAGGCUUGUUUUAAAGAUUACUACCUGCCCAAGGAUGAUGCAGACUUUUACCAGUUCUGCUACGUUGACAGUUCGGGCCAAGUGUGCGGCGCCAGCACACCGUUCUGCUUCAAAACGGCAACAGAGCAAAGUGCAGAGUGCACGUUAGACAAUGACCUCUUGGUUAUUACCACGCAGGAGCAAGUCGACCGGAGCCUUCGGGAGAGCGCGGCGAUGAAGGAGGCGGGGGAUCGUCUCCAAGAGAAGAACGAGGAGUUGCAGAAAGCUCUGCGGGAGGAGAGACGCCAAGUCUGCGUUCUGACGGAGCAGAAGGAGCGGCAACGCAAAGAGAUGUCUGAGCUGGCGAGAGAACUUUGUGAGAUGAAGGAUCAGAAGGAACGAUUGGAAGACACGCUGCAGCAGCAACUACAGGAAAUUGACAAAUUAAAGCAGGAGAUGUCGGUCCAGAUGACAAGUCAGAUGCAGAUCCAGCAAAAGAACCCUGCUGAGAGCACACAAAGCUCAGAUGAUGAUGAUGGGCAUUUACUCCAAACAGAGAUGCAGCUGCGAGAAGCUCACACGGUGAUUGCGGAUAAGGAGGUCAUGAUUGAGGAGAAAGAACGCUUGUUGUUGGUGAUGAAACGGCACGACGACGCACUGGCUCAGGAGAACCGAAACCUCAGAAAUGACGUGGAGGAGCUGCGCAGGACGUUGGGGGACCUUCAAAAGGCCUCGCCCGCCCACGCAGCGCACCCUGAGGCCACGGCGCCCCCCGGUGGACUCACGCAGUCUGACGCAGCAGAGACAGGCGAGCCCUUGUACGACAACGUACCUGUAGUGAGCAUCGCAGAAGACGACAGCCAAGAUGAGCUGACGCUGUCGUGCCGUCACUGCCUGGAAAGCUUCCCCGGAAUCACGCGGGCAGAGGUGGAGCAACACGAGCGCAGCCACCAAGUGUGCCCCUUCUGCACGCUCAUCUGCGACAACAUGGCGCAGUCCGUGUUUGAGGACCACGUCUACAGCCACGAAAUGUGACUCGGGAGAUCUGAGCAAAAACUGUUGAAAAGCGUUUUUGAAUGUGAGGAAAUUUGCAGAAACAGGGCGAGUGUCCUUUAAGGGCGGGAAGAAACCACUAAAACACCUGAGAUCAUUUAUUGGUACGAGCUGAAGAGUUGAAAUCCAAACAUAUUUUUAUUCACGCCAACACAACAACCUGUGGGCAGAAUAAAAAAAACUGUUCUUUCAAAGAGUUGUCAGUCAUUUCCAUUUACACAAUCACGGGCUCAUCUGAUUGGCCUCCUCGGGCGUGACAUCGCGGGACGUGAGCUCAGAGAAGAGAGCAGGCAGCCAGUACUGCGGCUCGCCCGACGCC